UCUGACUCGGAAGAGAUCACAGAUGCUGUCUGGAUAGGCUGCUCACGAGCUUUUAGAACACGCCCGCGUCGCUCGCUGAAAGCAGCGCUACAGCCGCGGCCGAUUCCAGCAGCAUUCAUCUGCUCCGGGCAAACCAUCUGACAUCACAGGUUAUUCGCUCUGACAAAAGCAACAAAUCAGCCAUUUUAGCCCUGUGUGUAUAUCAAUGCAAAAACAACAAAGCUUUCAUGAGGAACAAAAGCAAAAGGGUGACAGUUUAAAACAAUAAUAAAAACCACCAGGGUCUUUCAUUUCCGCGAGUUACUUGUUUUCGCACUGAUUUCUAGUAUGUGCCACAUGUGAUUGUAGGAAUGUGGAGCAUGAGUUCACUACAGCCCAUCACCUACAGCUUGGAAUCGUCUUGGGAGAUGACAGAUGGAUGCUUAGGGAGGAUCGGAGCCUGCCAGCAAACAUCAUAAACUUACCAUGGACCAGGGCUUCAGUUUCAGCACGCUGAAAAAGCUAGCGGCCGAGCCGGACUACACCGACAUCACUCUACCGGCGGUCGAGCGAGUUCGGGCCCUCAGCAAAAUGGGCUUUAACAUCGAGAUAAAUGAAGACAUCACGCCAUGGCGUUACUUCCGCUCCGGAGUGGAGAUGGAGCGUAUGGCAGCCGUUUAUCUUGAAGAGGGCAGUCUGGAGAACGCCUUUGUCCUCUACAACAAAUUCAUCACUUUAUUUGUUGAGAAGCUCCCCACUCACAGGGACUAUCAGCAGUGCAACAUCCCUGAAAAGCAAGUGAUUAUGAAGAGCCAAGCCAGGGCAGUUGAGAUGUGUGGAGAUCGGCUACAGAAGAUGUCUCUGUUGGAAGAGGAGAGGCAACGUGUGGCGCAUCUCAGGAAGAUGCAGAUCGAGUCGGAGCAGUUUCGCUAUUUUGAGGAUCAGUUGCGCAGACAAGAGCUGGCCAGUCGCAGGGACGAGGCUGUCCCCAAAGUGCCUGAACAAACCGAUGGGUCCUGCUUAUCCCAGACCCAGAGAAACCAUGUGCGCCUUGACCCCAAUCGUAAUAAACCAGCCGUCCCUGUCCCUAAACCGGCAGCCACGUUAGCAGCUGUACAAAAUCAGCGUGUGGAAGGCCUGAGGCGAGUCUUAAUCCCACGAGACCUGACAUACAGGUUCCUUCUUUUGGCUGACAGUAACACAGCCAGAGGGGUUGAGACGUGUGGAGUGCUCUGUGGAAAGCUGACUCACAAUGAGUUCAUGCUCACCCAUGUGAUUGUCCCUAAGCAGUCUGCUGGCCCAGAUUACUGUGACAUGGAGAAUGUAGAAGAGCUGUUUAGUUACCAGGACCAUCACAACCUUCUGACCCUCGGCUGGAUCCAUACACAUCCGACACAGACGGCCUUUCUAUCCAGCGUGGAUCUUCACACACACAGCUCUUAUCAGCUCAUGCUACCAGAGGCCAUCGCUAUUGUUUGUGCACCUAAACACAAUGACACAGGAGUAUUUAGACUGACCAGCACUGGAAUGGGAGAAGUGGCCGGUUGCAGAUUGAAAGGUUUUCAUCCUCACUCGAAAGAUCCGCCUUUGUUCACUAUUUGCAAGCACGUUGUGGUGAAGGACUUGAAAACGACAGUGCUGGACCUCAGGUGACAGGAGAAUCGGAUACUUCGGAAAACCAUUGAGAAGAUCUGCUACGAUCUGUGUUUACUUGAAGGCUUUUUUGUAUUUAUUUAUUUCACAUUAAAGUACUGUGGAAUGGGAGUUUUCAGCCGAGCAGUUUGCUGUGAGCAGGUUAACUGAAACUAUCAAGAUGCUCCUAUGUUGUUUUGUGUUCAUUGUUGGCUUUUUGUUUGUGGCCAGGUGUUUUUAAAACCUUUUGUCAGAGGUUUCGCCUCUACUGAGCAGAUGGCUUUUUUGGUUUUUGUCCUCAAGGUGGCAUCAUUUGGCAAGACAUAGUGCGAGACUGAAGCCAUGCUGGACUUUUUGUAAGAAAGUUUUACCUUUUUGAUAAACGCUUAUAUCAUUUGCAGUGCUCACUGUAACACAGUAGAUGCUGAAAAGUGAUUUAUUGCUUUUUAAAAAGACAAAUAACAGAAAUUUCUUGUCGUGUUUAGUCGGUUUACAUGAUUCAAUGACUUUGGAGUAAUUACUAUUAUAACACUCGUACUGAAAAGACCAGCUAAAACCAGCCUUAACUGGUUGACUGGUUUUAGCUGGUUAAGUUGGUGUAGCAGGCUGGUUUUAGAGGGGUUUUGGCCAUUUAUUUUAGUUGGUCAGGCCUGGGAGACCAGCUGACCCAAUAGCUUGACCAGGCUGGAAGACAAGCUACUUCCAUCUAAAACCAGCUUUAGACCAGCCAACCAGCUUAGCUUCCAGCCUGAUCUAGUUGUUGGGUCAGCUGGUCUGACCAAAUACAGUAAGACCAAGUGUCCAAAAUCCAGCCUGCUACACCAUGCUACUUUUCAGUAGGGACGUGAGGAAAUGUAUAGUAUAAUGGUUUAAAAUAGUUAAUGGUUUACUCACAAUAGUGCAAAAUACACAAAGAAUCUGACUUUCAAUACAAAUUGUUUAAGUUUUUUUAAACAUAAAUCCAACAAGGCAAUAUAUUUGUGCUGGUUAUUGAGCUGAUUUUCUUCACCAACUCAAGCCUGUUUUGUAAAAUGUGGAUCUGAUUCAUUAACUGAAUCUUUGCUUAAAAAUAAAGUAAAAACCAAAGGUCCCACAACUGCAAACAAAACUUUGCCAUUAGAGCCUUGACUUCUGUCAUCUCAGGGUAACAUUUCCUCAUUUUAAGAAACUGAUGUGAAUUUUGGUCUCCUCUAGUUUUGAGACGGUUGAAGUUGUGUCACCACCAGCAGAUGAUUCAAAUGUGUGAAGAGCUAUGAGCUGGCCCGUGUGAUUCAGAUAGCGUUCAGUAAACCGUGUGUUUCAUGUAAAAUGUGGAUUGGAUUGUGUCAUAAGUUGUGGCUGUGUGCCAUUGGUUCCUCUGAAAUCUGCAGUGCUCUUGUUGCUUUUUGUGCACAGGAAACUAUAAGGAGGCUUAGGCUUAUGUGUCUGUACAAGCAAC